AUGGCUAGCACCAUAGCAGAUACGAGAAGGCUUUUUAGCAAGCCACAGAACCUUAAUGAUGCCUAUGGGCCACCAAGUAACUUUUUAGAGAUUGAUGUUAGCAACCCUGAGACUGUCGGCGUGGGCAGGAGCAGAUUUACCACGUAUGAAGUCAGACUGAAGACAAACCUGCCCAUCUUUAAGCUCAAGGAGUCAUCUGUACGGCGACGGUACAGUGACUUUGAGUGGCUUCGAGCUGAGCUGGAGCGGGAGAGCAAGGUGGUCGUCCCUCCUCUUCCCGGUAAAGCUCUCUUCCGGCAGCUUCCAUUCCGUGGAGACGACGGCAUCUUCGACGACAAUUUCAUCGAGGAGCGACGACAAGGACUGGAGCAAUUUCUCAACAAAGUGGCCGGUCACCCUCUGGCCCAGAACGAGCGCUGUCUCCACAUGUUCCUUCAGGAGGACUCCGUGGACAGGAACUACACCCCAUCCAAAAUCCGGCAAGCUUAG